UAAAAUACACCAUCUUAGGCUCUUUAACUACGAUGAAUAGGCAUUGGAGGUCCAUUCCGAUAGAGAUAAAGGCAAUGGCCAUUUUCACGGUUAUUCCAAAAAGUUAAACGGCACAGGCAUCGAUAAAUGGUUAAUUCCAAAAGGAACAUUGUAUUCUGACUCCAAAGAAGGACUCAGGACACGUAAACGACCAGAGGGUCGAGAAGUAACCAUUAAAAUCCAAAAUUCGGCAACGUAAACAAUGAUUUCCGAGGAAAGGUCUUCUGUAGGCUCGUUGUUAAGCCGAGGGAACCUCCAGAGGAAGUCAUCACACCUGAAUAAAACAAUAGGGGACGACAACGUCGGAAUGCAAACUGCAGCGAGUGAAAUCUCAACUUCACGAGCUGAAACGAUAAAAGGUGUCACAAAUCCAACAUUAAUAUCAACAAGUGAUGUAGCUGACAACAGGUCUACGUUAUCCCUCGUUGAAGGGCAAUGCCUACCUGAAUCUAAUCAAAAAAUUUUUUCUAAAUGGGUACGAGCUUGCGAUCAUACAGAGAGUAAACAGGGAGACAUAUUGCCUCUUAAAAAGCAACAAAAACAUGAUGAUAAUGGAAGAAUAGGACCCAAACUAAUCGUUAAACAAACUGGUACAACCUACCGUGCAUCAUUCCAAACUGACGACAAAGAGUUCAACAAUGACAUACUUGGCACUAGAAGACUUUAUUAUAAUCUAGCUGACGUGAGGUGGCGACUUGUAAAACUACCCAGUGUAGACGGGGGAUAA